CCAAAAGAGACGAGAGAGAGAGAGAGAGAGAGAGAGAGAGAGAGGGGUCUUUGAUCCGGGGUUUCGUUUGGAUUUUGGAAUUGGAGAUCAAAGGGUUUGAAUUCGUUGAUUUGUGCUGUUAGGGAUCUGAUUUUAUCCUACAGGAGAUGGAGCAGCUCGUCAAUUUCAUCAUUCGACCACCGAGAGCUGAUUAUAGCCCGAAGAAUGAUUUGCUGGAGGAUGAAUUUAUGCUGAAGGGACGUUGGUUUCACAGGAAGGAUUUGGUGAUUGUUAAUAGUCGAGGACACAAGCUUCAGUGCAGUCAUUAUAUGCCUGUCACUAUUCCAGAAGGAAAGCCACUUCCUUGUGUUAUAUAUUGUCAUGGAAAUAGUGGAUGCAGGGCCGAUGCUAGUGAGGCUGCUAUAAUAUUGCUACCAUCAAACAUCACAGUUUUCACCCUUGACUUUUCAGGGUCUGGACUCUCUGAUGGAGAACAUGUUACCCUUGGGUGGUAUGAAAAAGAUGAUCUCAGAGCUGUUGUCAAUCAUUUGAGAUCUGAUGGGAAUGUCUCAUAUAUUGGAUUGUGGGGGCGCUCAAUGGGUGCUGUUACAAGCUUGAUGUAUGCGGCUGAAGAUCCAUCUGUUGCUGGAAUGGUUCUUGAUAGUCCAUUUUCUAUUUUGGUGGACUUGAUGAUGGAACUUGUGGACACCUACAAAUACCCGCUACCAAAAUUUACUGUUAAGCUCGCUAUUCAGCACAUGCGCAAGGCUAUCAAAAAGAAGGCUAACUUUGACAUUAUGGAUCUUGACACCAUUCAGGUGGCAAAAUGUUGUUUUGUCCCAGUUUUACUUGGACAUGCUACUGAUGAUGACUUCAUAAGGCCACAUCAUUCUGACCGGAUAUUUGAGUCUUAUGCAGGGGACAAGAAUGUCAUCAAAUUUGAUGGAGAUCACAAUUCCCCUCGUCCACAGUUCUACUUUGAUUCUAUCACCAUAUUUUUCCACAAUGUACUGAACCCCCCGUCUGAUGUCUUUGAUGAACAUGACUAUCAUGCAAUGCAUGAGUUCUUUGACAAGGAUAGUUGGGCCACAGUGCAUGAAGUGGAGUACAGCAGUUGCAAUGGCACUGGACCAUCUUCAGAACUUUCAGCAAGGACAGAAGAUGCUAUCCGUCAGUUACGUUCUAAAAGACCUAUGAGUCGGACAGAGGUUCCUCCUGAUAUUUCACAAGGAAAACAAUUUGGAGAGCCUAGCCAUCAAGAUGGAACCAAAACAGAUGAUGCAUACGCCGAGUAUUCAUUUGAUGGCCUCGAUGGCUUAUCAGAUGUACCAUCCAGCAUUGAAGAUGAGGAAAGGAUGCUUAUGGAAGCCAUCAUGCAAUCCAUAAAGGAAAUGGAAGCUUUGCACCCUCAAGAAGAAAUGCAGCCCAAAGUCGAGCAGUCGCUACUUGUUCAAUCAAGCACACCAGCCGAAGCUUCCACUGCAGGAAGUUCCAUCUCUCCAAGCACUGACUCAGAGUCAUCUGCAGAUCUAUCAAAAUCGGUUCCGAUAUCAUACUCUGAUGAUCCAGCAGCUAAAAAGAACUCUUCCGGUCAUGAGAGCCAAUCAAACAGUAACUCUAGCUCAGUGGAUCACAACUCCUCAGCACAAGACGCUGACACAGAAGCCGGCACGCAAGCAAGAUUGGUGGUGGAGAAGGGUCCUUCAUUAAAUGUAUUGGAUGGAUUGGCACAAAGAUGGCGUCUCAGCUUCUUCAAGAACAACCGAUGAAUUCUCGAGGGUUGUUGACCUUUACUGAAUCUCAUGCUCCAGGUUGUUGGAGUUGUGAAUGCAUUGUUUGUACAGAAGUGUGCAUAUAGCUUUUCUCCCCUUCCAAUGUGUUUGGUGGCAGUUUGGAAUAUAAUCUUUUCUGUUGCAGUUAAAGCAAUCCAUUGAUUUUACAAUGCACAAUAUUUGUUUUUGCACUUGGAAUCAAAUAUCAUUGAUA